AUGGCGCCCCGCAACAAAGCAUUGACAGGAGAAUUCGUCCUCAAGAGCAAAAGUGGCCGCCCUGUCAAACAAGACGGCUGGAUUGAGCGAGCGAUGAAGGCGUUUGAGUGCGACGUCAAUAAAAUCAUCUGGAGCGAGUCGUUGAGAGUCGAGAUUUUGGAGGCGCUUAAGAAGCCGACCACGGCACAAACAUUGAACUUUACGAAUACCAAUGAACACGAAGCCGUGAAGGAAAGCAAGAAGAUCUCGCGCUCUAUUAAUGAGCUGGACCUAUGGUUAUGGUUGUUCAAAGUCCCCGCGGACAAGAGGGCACGCUGGACUACGGAAAAGGUCGAUCGAUUUGCUGCAGUUUUGGAUAUGGUGGAAGCCAAUCCCAAUCCCAAUCAAGAGAGGUGGAAUCAUAUCGAGACGCUAUGGGAAAAGUCCCGAGGCCGCGCCCUCUCCAUCAGGGAAAGAUCCAAGAACCCAGAGCAGCAACAUAACUUCUACCUCGAAGAGAGCUGUCUACUCUUCAACCACCUACUCCUCAACCGCCUGCUUCUCAACCGUCUACUCCUCAACCGCCUGCCACUCAACCGCCUGCUUCUCAACCGCCUGCUUCUCAGGCACCUACUCCUCAACCACCUACUCCUCAACCGCCUGCUUCUCAACCGCCUGCUUCUCAACCGCCUGCUUCUCAGGCACCUACUCCUCAACCGCCUGCUACUCAACUGCCUGCCACUCUACCGCCUUUUUCUCAGGCACCUACUCCUCAUCCGCCUGCUACUCAACCGCCUGCUCUCUAUUCCGACAACAUCCAACCGCAUGUGUUUGGAGGAUACUCUAAAAAACUACGAGAACGACGACGUAAAUUCGAUUGGUGGUCUUCGAGCCUCGUCUAACCAGCAAGAGGUUGGCAGCUACGACAGUCGACACAAAUGGGAUAAUCGUCCAACAGAUAACCUACAACUCUCUGACAAUCGCAGAGCAACCAACGUUUCUCCUACCCCUGACCGCAACUCGUCGAAGAGAAAAUGGAGCGAGCCCGGAAUGACCGAGACUAACCAAGAGCCGUCAAGUGCAAGAUUGCAGGAUAGCUCACAGAGAGACGCGAAGAGGCAGGUCACUAGUGCCAUGGAGUACUACCUGACGAAGUCGAAGAAGGAUCAGAGCAUCCAUCAGAAACAGACAGAGGAGACUCGAGCGGAUCAAAGAUCCCGCUUUUUUAAGAGAGUUGCCGAUAUCGAGACGGUAGCACCGGAAGCAAAGCAAUACUUGAUCAAUGAGACAGUUCUAAGAAUGUUGCAGCAUGCUACAGGCGCCGACCCCAACGAGUAUCUCAAUCAGACUCUCGAGGCAAACAGACAGCACUUCAGAGGAACGAGAGAUGGAGGGGAGGAUGACGAUGAUUAA